GGAAGUGGGAUGUAGUUUGCCGUCAGUGUAGCGUAGUCCUUCUCUUUUGUCGCAUGUGCCUUGUGUUAAACCGUUAAAAAUGUUUGAUGUGUUCGGCUCCCUCAAGGGGCUACUGAGGAUAGACAGUGUAUGUAUCGAUAACAAUAUAUUCCGACUUCAUUACAAAGCGACGGUCAUAAUCCUGGUUGCGUUCUCACUCCUGGUCACGUCGAGGCAGUACAUCGGCGACCCGAUCGAUUGUAUAGUGGACGAAAUCCCCCUAGCCGUUAUGGACACGUACUGCUGGAUCUACUCGACUUUCACGAUCCCGAACAGGCUGGUCGGCAAGGUGGGCAAGGAUAUAGUCCAGCCGGGGGUGGCCAGCCACGUCGAAGGCGAAGACGAAGUCAAAUACCAUAAAUACUACCAGUGGGUGUGCUUCGUCCUGUUUUUCCAAGCGAUGCUCUUCUACGUGCCGAGGUACCUGUGGAAGACGUGGGAGGGCGGGAGGAUCAAGAUGCUCGUCCUGGAUCUCAACUGCCCCGUUUUGAGCGAGGAGUGCAAGAAGGACAGGAAAAAGCUCCUCGUCGAUUACUUCACGACAAACUUACACACGCAGAAUUUCUACGCCAUCAGGUUCUUCAUAUGCGAGGUGCUCAACUUCGUCAACGUCCUCGCUCAGAUCUACUUCAUGGAUUUUUUCCUCGAAGGCGAGUUCACGACCUACGGCUCCGACGUGGUCAGGUUCACCGAAAUGGAGCCGGAGGACCGCGAGGACCCCAUGUCCAGGGUCUUUCCAAAAGUGACCAAGUGCACGUUCCACAAGUACGGUCCGUCGGGUGACGUGCAGAAGUUCGACGGCCUCUGCGUCCUCCCGCUCAACAUCGUCAACGAGAAGAUCUACGUCUUCCUCUGGUUCUGGUUCAUACUCCUCACCCUCCUCUCGGGCCUGUCACUCCUCUACAGGUUGGCCGUCGUCGUCUGGGCACCCGUCCGUCUCACCCUCCUCAGGGCCAGGUCCAGGCUAUCCCAGCAGUCCCAGAUCGAGACGAUCGCAAACAAAUGCCAAAUCGGCGACUGGUUCGUACUCUACCAACUCGCCAAAAACAUCGACCCUUUGAUAUUCAAAGAACUGAUAGCGGAUCUCGCCAAAAGGUUGGAAGGUAAAGAGGUUGUUUAAAUACUAUCAAUUUUAGAACAGAAAAACAAAAAAAACAACCCCCUCGAGUUAAAGGAGAGGCCAACACAAGUGCUUUUUGUAUUUCUCAUUUUCUUCUCAACAAAAACAAAAAAGAAAAAACAUAUCCUCUGAUUUAGAAAAAAAAAAAAAAACGCACUGAAAAUUUGUAAAAAAAAACCCCGCUUGGCCAAAGCUAUAAAAUGUCUUUCAUCAACUAUUUAACAUAAUAAUUAUUAUGAAGUGCCAUAGCUAAGCCCAGCGGGAACGAA